GUCUUCGUACUUCUGCAACGUACUUCUGUCGCGAAAAGUAUUUCCGCCUCUCCACAAAGCUCGAAACCAGAAAAAAAACAGUUACAGUUGCACUUGCUUAGUAUUGUUUCUCUAGCUUCCUUACAACACAAUGAUGAAUGCUACGUGUAAAGUGUUGUUUGCUGUGUUAGUUAUCACAAUUUUUGCCACUCGUGAAGUAUCUUCCAUCGUCGGUGGUCACACCUCCCUACCCGGUACCGCUCCGUACAUUGUUGCGCUCAGAACAUCCACCACAUCGGCAUUUGUCUGUGCUGGCGUGUUAGUGAAAGCGUCCUGGGUCCUUACCACGGCACAGUGCGUAACCGACAAGACAGCUGCAGAUUUAACAGUUCUACUCGGUUCCCAUCGUUUGCUUACCAACAAGAAGGCGAACACCGUGAGCAAAAUUCAAGUACAUCCCUCGUACACUGUGGCGAACGGUGCGAACAAUGUAGCCCUGUUACAACUGUAUGAGCCAGCUACACUGUCGACGAGAGUUACAACAAUCGAUUUGAACGAUCAGUCGAUUGCUUCCGACCUGAGUGUCACAUUUUACGGCUGGGGAACGCUAGCAUACGGUAGCCCUGGGUAUUCGAACACGUUACAGACGCUUUACCGGCGCACGCUUUCCUUGAGUGACUGUCGCACGCGCAGCGGGUUAUCGAGUCUUGCGGCCGGAAAUAUAUGCGCUAUCAGUCAAGUGGGCCAAUCGGCCUGUACGUACGACGAGGGUGGUCCUUUGGUACGGUCCGAUACAUUGAAGCUUGUGGGACUUUUCUUCUACGGUACCCAAUGCAGUGGUCUUUUGCCUGAUGUGUUCGUAGAUGUGUAUAGCCACAAAACAUGGAUUGAUCAAACUGCUGUAUGAGUGUUAUGAUGCUGCUAUUUUGAGACGCACACACAAUAAAAUACAGCUCAUGUAAAACAAUU